CCCCCCCCCCCCCACUCCUCCCACCCCCACGGUGGUUCGCUGCGAGGGGCUGCAUUGCAGACCCGGCUGCGCCAACAGACAAAAGCGACGCCGCAGAGCGAAGGUUGCGGAGACACAAAGAGGUUCGGCGACCCGCAGCCCCCCCCAAAGAGCCCAGCGCAGCGCCACCAUGCUGGACACCAUCAGCACUCAGUACGACUCCUUCAUCUACUGGAGGAUGCCCAUCCCAAGGCUGGAGUUGGCUGAGCUGGAAGGGCUGGGUUUGACCCAGGGGUCCCUCUAUACACCCAAAGUACCCGAGGCAGCCCAACAAGAGCCCAGCUGUGCUGAGGAUGACAACCUGCUGCCUUUCAGCAGCUUCAACUUCUGGAGGGCACCCAUCGCCAGCAUCAGCUCCUUUGACUUCGACCUCAUCUGAUACCCUCCCCUCCCCUGUCCCCUCCCCCCCCUCCAUCACCAGGCAUGCCAGGGUUCGGUUCUGUUGGUUCUGUACGGGUCAGGUGUUUGGUUUUGCUUUAUUUUAAGCCCAGUGGGCAACACUAAGGAAACCCACGCUCAGCCCUGCCAUGAUGGGCUGCAGCAUCACCUCACCUCCUCCAUUCAUUCCUCCUGGGAACGCAGCAGGGUGAGCAGAGCCGGGCUGUCCUUAAUGGGGGGGAUGGAUGAUCUGCUUCUUCCUCCCCAGCCCAGCUUCAUGGCUGGCAGCAGUCAGUGAGCUGGGAAGGCACCAAAGAGAGGCAAAUAUGGGCACAGCCUGCACUCCUCAAUGACAGCAGCACCUCCUAUUGCUGGUAGAGGUGGAAAAUCCCAAUUCCAAAGCAAGGGAUGGGAAAGUGGGUGCCAAUCUGAGCCCAUAAACCACAUAACACGGCCCAGCCCAGCCAUAUACAAGGACUAUCACCUCCGCUGCUGACAGCAACCACAGGCAGCUCCAUUGGGGCACCAGAACCUCACUGACACACAGUUAUCUCAUUCCUGCCUGAAAGAGAGAAAACAGGCUCCAAGUACAGCCCUCACCCCCCAUUUUCCUUCAUUUUCCUUUCAUUUUGGCUCCUACCUGCUGGAUUUACCCCCACAGAACUCAAUAUUUCCAAUGUUCUGGUUCCUGACACAACCUGACUGCACACAGCUGCUGUACCCGGCAGUCUGGCACUGCUGCUUUCCUGUGCUGCCUUUCACAACCCCUUAAUAAAGGCUGAAUGUCCUCCUGUGUGA